AUUCGGAUACCAUUCUAAGGAACCAGUUCAGUUUGCGUUUGUUGCCCGUGAAGGAUGCCUUCUGCCAACCCCAAACUAGAGAAACAGGCCUCUACGGAGACCGCAGAACCCAUUCGUCAAGCGAUUAUCGUAAUCGAGCACAAGAUACGGAAUCUCGAGAAGCGUAAGGGUAAGCUAGAAUCGUAUAGGGAUCUGCAGAAGAACGGGAGGGAGCUAAACUCUGACCAGAAAACAGCGGUCGCCAAAUAUGACGAAGUGCUUCAAACAUUGGACAUCACUCGAGAAUUGUAUAAGCAAAUCGUUGCUAUCGCCAACGAUGGAGUCAAACAGCAAAAGAAGUUGGCGCGAAAGGAGGCUGUUGAGCGGAUGCAGCAUGACAUCAUAAAGGUACGAGAAGUGCUCAUUAUUCAAGAUACCUUGAUAAAUAUGGGCACCGAUUCCGCUAGAGGUGAUUUUCUUAACGGUAAGAAUGGUGCUAUAAAGCUGUCGGAGGAGGAUUUAAAGCACCUGGACAGCUUUUAUAAUGAACUAUCAAUGAAACAUCAACGCGAGGAAGGUGAGCCAACCUUUCUUCAACAAGUUCAGAAAGCUGCAGAACAUUAUGUUGCGCUUGUUGAGGGAAAGCAACGUGAAGUAGUUGGCACUACGUACAACAAAUUGAAGGACAUCAUUGCGAGCAUCAACCAAUGCGGGUAUUUUGAUCAGGUCCACGAAUCCGAGGCAGUACCCGUAGAAGAGGUUACCGAAACUUUAGCUGAAACACAAACUAUUGAUGGACCAACGGCACAAGAACAAGUCAAUGAAGAAUACAACAGUAACGACAGGCACAUUCCACCGGAAUCUAUGAUACCCAUUCCAAAUUUUCCCGUUCAAGUAGCCCCGCUUCCCGUUGUUUCUGGUGCUGCGCCGGUCUCGGGGCCUAUUCCGGUCGUACCACAGCCAAUACCGCCGCAUCCAACUGCCCCAGUUGAUACUCCAUAUUACACGAACGCUACCAGCUUUGUACCGCAACAACAGCAACAACAACCUCAACCACAGCAGCCGCAGCAGCAACAGAAUCAACAAUCCCAACAGCAACCACCACCGGCUCCUAGAAUCAACGACGUCAUAGGCACACCAAACUUCUUCUUCUUGCAAGAAUCCGAGCUUGAUUCGCCAGACGUCACAUCACAGGCACCUAUUGUGUCGCACAUUCCUCCCGCGGUGAACGCGCCGAUUCCGUCGCAGACUUUCACAAACCAGAAUUUCGCAAACGCGCCUGUUGGAGUACCCCAACAAGUUAUUUAUCCGCACCAACCGCCGCAGGAUAUGUCACACAUUCCCGGAUUUGCAAAUCCCAAUCCACCACCGCCUAUUCCGAUGCCGCCUUCUCAUCAGCAACCGAACAUGCAGUACAGUCCGCAACAUCCAACUGGUUUCCAGCCGCAACAAUCACAGCAACAGAAUGGUGGACAGCAAUUACCUCAGCAAGGGCAGACGCAAAACUUUGAACAGGCACCCCAUCAACAGCAGGAAUCUCAAACAUCUACAGAAGUAAAUGAGAAAACUGAAAAUGGUUCGAGUGAGACUACUGUUGCUAUGGAAUCCGAGCUGGAACAACAAACUGAAUCUGUCGAUUGGUGUCAGAUGACCGAAACCAACGAUUGGAGUCAACCCGAUCAACAACAGCAGUCUGUUCAAGAUUCUCAUCAAACACCACAGCAGCAAACAUCUCAACAGACUUGGACUGAUCAACGUGGUGGGUACAGAGGAAGGGGCGGUAGAAGAGGAACCUCGAAUGGCUACAAUGGCAGAGGCAGGGGCAAUUAUCAACAAAAUGGACGUGCAGGACAAGGCACAUACUACCGCAAUGAUAGUAAUUAUCAAAACGGGUAUCAACAACGCUCUUGGGUAAACAACGACGGAAAUAAUGGAUACAAUAGUGGCUUUAAACGCGGUGGUGGCGGUGGACCCAGGGGAGGUCCACGAAGCGAGCGCGGCAUAGACAGAGGUGGUCGUGGGCAAUUUCGAGGCCAAAGGGGAGGUAAUCGAGGCGGAUACACUCCCCGUGGCAAGCCUCAUACGCAACAAUAAAUGUGAAAAGACAAAGAAGAAAAUGCGACAGUAUGUAAAUGCACAGUGAAAUAUUGUAACGAUGCUCUUAAGAUCAUGAUUCAACUGUCUAUUUAUGAAAAAGCUUAAGUCGAAACAAUGCAUUUGCAAUACAAAGUAAGACUCAAAGUUUAGAUGCCGUGCAGUAUCUCGUGCAUGAGUGUUAUACAUAAUAAUUUUGAUAUUAAACAAAAACUAUCUUCAAGUGAGAUAUGUAGGUUUUGUAAUAUACAGAAAAAUAUCUGUAUAACGUGUUUUUUAUCCGUUACAUAUUCACACGUUGCAUUAAGUAAUUUCACGCGAAUAAAGUUAAUUAGUUAUAAAGCAAGACAGUUUUGCAUCUGAUGCAAUACCUAUAAACGUUACAGAUCGCGACGUGAAUAUAAUAUAUGUAUAAAAAAAAAGAAGACAAAUUCGACGAAAUCCUUAAAAAACGCGUGUGCUAGUAUUUGCUGGAGCUUGCGGCUUAGGAUAUUUCUUAAAUAUGACAUUGAUCAAAUGAAACUUUGCAUUUGAAUUUGGUAUCUGCAAUCACGAAGAUUAAAGUUGAUAUGAAGACGACGCAGAAGGGGAACAUUGUGAUAUAAAGGGAGCUGUACCAAAUUCAGAAGUGUGAACCUACCAUGCAAGUAUUAUUGUGUUGUGACAGAAGGCAGGUUUCACAGGGCAACAACAGCUAAUCUGUAAAGAUUAGAAAAAAUAUAUAUAAUAAUUUUAUUAUAAAAAAAAAUAAAAAAAACGAGAACUCACCUAACAAACAUUUCACGCAAAGACAAACAAGAACUUAUUUAAAGAGUAACGUUAAGAUGAUUAUAAGUAUAUAGGCGAUCUGCACGACCAUCUCUUCGUCUUGUGGCGCAUCGUUCCAGAGAGAAUUUUCUAAGAUACCAGAAAAAAGAGGAUACAGUGAACAAUGCCUUCUACGCUAAAUAUUAUACCUUCUUAACUUCAUACCCCGAUCUGUUGAAUAACAAUCAUGUAACUUUUCCUGAAGAGCGGAAAUUUGAGGAGUAAAAUUUCACUUGAAUUCUACGAUCUUUAGUAAUCAUAUAUAAACUUUCUGAAUUAUAAAUAUUUAAAACUUCAUGUUUCCACUCUUAGGAGAAAGUUAUUUGACUGCCACUCUGAUUGUUGUAUGAAUUGGAGAGACUUAAUGAGAUAAAUGAUUAACAAAUUUAUCGAGAAGUCUAAGUAGCUCAAGAAUUGUUAGUGAUUUUGGGAUAUGUAAACAUCUGUAAAAGGCAUUUUUCACAUAGUGUGAUAUGUGUCGUGACAUCGUGUACACUGUUUACGAACCGUGUUGCUCCCGCUUCUAUUUUUUCUGCGUAAUUCCAAAAAUUCUUCACGGUCGUCGCCCAUGCAGUUGGCCAAGCGAAAGAGAUCGCGGUGCAAUGUCCUCGUUUAACGAUGCAACGCAUUACCUGAUUUUUUUUUGUAUUAUGAGACAAAGAAAGAAUAAGAAGAAACGAAUGAUUAUUUUUAAAAUGGAGGAAGCGACAGGUGCGCGGGGCUUUAGAAUGUAAGUCGAAUCCAGUGUAUAAUUACUAAGAGAAAGAAAGAGAAGUUGCAAGAUUGAGAAAGGAAAAGAAAAAAAGUAUGCGCUUUUCACAGCGCACUGCCGAAUAAGUCACGCUCCACCGUAAAACACGCGAUUAAGAGUACCAUUUAAUUGUAUUUCGUUUGUACAUUUGUGUUUAAUCACUCUCCCCUCUUCUCCCUCCCUUCAUCUACGAUUACGUUAAACUAUCCUAUAAAAAAAGCUACCUGUAUAUCUUCCAAAUAAAGAUCUAAUUCAAUCCUA